AACCAUGGCAACAGUCUCCUGUGCUGUCAAGAUGGCGGACGAAGAAAACACACUAACUGUGAGGAUAAUUUACUUGCUAUGAAUUACAAUGGUAAACCGAAUAAAAUCUGCAAUGUCUUGGAUAUAACUAGCUGGGAUGUUUGUUGUUAGCAGUAUGUCUGUUAGCAGUAAUAUGUCUAGAAACGUUUUGCUGAGCAUUCUCCAGCUCUAGCUAGCUGAAAACAUAGCAACUAGCUAACGACUAGCUUGUUAAUGCUAGCAAAGUCGUUACAGCAGUAAUUGUUGUCGUUACAGCUCCGUAUGGGGCCAUGGCUAAAAGGGAUCCAGCUUUGGUCAAAUUAACGUCAAAAGUUGGAAGGUUUUGCAUUAACUAACCCUAGCCCUUUUCCUAAUCUUAACCUAAUUAUCACAAAAUGCUACAUUAACACGUUUUGCUUAGCUAGAUAAUUAGCUAAACUCACGAAAUUAAUGUCAUAACGUUAUUUUUCGAAAUCAAGGGGUAUGCCUUUAUUCCAUCCGUCGAUAAUUAGUGUACAUUCAAUUCAAAUAGUUCAAUGAUUUAUCUUGCGUUCUUAAUGACGCCCAAUAUUACUGGACGCCACAAGCAGAUGUGAAGUCGUCAUUACUCGUCGGCGACACGUUGUUAUUGUUGGACAGCAAACAUGGCGGAUGAAAGUGUUGCUGGAGCCAGCCUUCUUAAGCUCCCAGUGGCCCCUGAGACGAAGAAACGCCAGGCUCCAAAAGCUCCGGAACUUCCCAUUCUGGAGAGGAGGAACUGGCUCAUCCACCUGCACUACAUCCGCAAAGACUAUGAGACUUGCAAGGCAAUGAUCAAAGAGCAGCUACAGGAGACCCAGGGAAUGUGUGAAUAUGCCAUAUACGUACAAGCGCUAAUCUUGCGUCUGGAGGGGCAGAUCCAGCCAUCCCUGGAGCUGUUCCAGAGUUGUGCCAUCCUCAAUCCCACCAGCCCCGACAACCUCAAACAAGUGGCCCGAUCGCUUUUUCUGCUGGGGAAACACAAGGCAGCCAUUGAGGUUUAUCAUGAAGCUGCGAAACUCAAUGAAAAAGACUGGGAGAUCAACCAUAAUCUGGGUGUAUGCUAUUCCUUCAUAAAAGACUUCCAAAAUUCUGAAGAGCAGUUGAAUGCAGCCUUGCAGUUGAAAAAACACGACAGGACAUUCAUGACACUGGGAAAGGUCCACUUGUUGGCGGGAGACACGGACAAAGCCAUCGAAGUGUACAAAAGUGCAGUGGAGUUCUCUCCAGAGAAUGCAGAGUUGCUGACCACUCUGGGGCUCCUGUAUCUGCAGUUGGGGAAAUACCAAAAAGCAUUUGAACAUCUCGGGAAUGCACUUACUUAUGACCCUAAUAACUAUAAGGCCAUCCUGGCAGCAGGCAGUAUGAUGCAGACCCAUGGGGACUUUGAUGUGGCCAUGAACAAGUACCGCGUGGCAGCGUGCAUGGUCCCCGAGAGCCCCCCGCUCUGGAACAACAUUGGCAUGUGCUUCUUUGGCAAGAAGAAAUAUGUAGCAGCCAUCAGCUGUCUGAAGCGGGCCCACUACCUGUCUCCGUUUGACUGGAAGGUGCUGUACAACCUGGGCCUGGUGCACCUCACCAUGCAGCAGUAUGCCUCUGCCUUCCACUUCCUCAGCGCUGCCACCAACCUGCAGCCCCGCCUGGGAGAACUCUACAUGCUACUAGCAGUUGCACUGACCAAUCUGGAGGACGUGGACAAUGCCAGGAGAUCCUAUGAACAAGCUGUGGCUUUAGACCAGUCCAACCCUCUGGUCAACCUGAACUUUGCCAUUCUGCUGUACAACCACGGGGACAAGAAGGGAGCCCUGCAACAGUACCAGGAGAUGGAAAGUAAAGUCAACAUACUGAAGGACAGCAACACUGAGUUUGACCCUGAGCUAAUGGACAUGGCUCAGAAGAUGGCCGCUGCCUUGCAGGUGGGAGAGAGCCUGGAGUGGACCAAGCCGGUCAAAGACCCCAAGUCUAAGCAGCGCUCGGCUGGGGCCCCCAGUAAAACCCCUGGCAGCUCCCAGCAGCCCCUAGGCACCAACCAGGCCCUGGAGCAGGCCAUGUCCUCCGCCGCAGGCUACAACAAGAGCAUCACACUCCCCACAGGAGUGUCCCCCCACAGCCAGCCCACACCCCCCUCCCUGGCCUUGGAGGAGGAGCCUGAUGUGGAGACCACCCCCACCUCCCGAGCCCCUCAGCCAGAGGAGUCAGACCCCUCCACCACCCUGCCCCCUCUGGCAGCCAAGCCCAAAGUCAAGAAGAGCAAGUUGAAGCAAGAGCUGAACUAAACAGGGGCCCCUAUCUACUCCACAGGCUGGUAGUGUAUCAUCACUCCCAGAAUGUCACUCAGCCUAUCUAGUCCACAGGCCGGUAGUGUAUCAUCACUCCCAGAAUGUCACUCAGCCUAUCUACUCCACAGGCCGGUAGUGUAUCAUCACUCCCAGAAUGUCAC